UCAUUGUUCAAAAACAAAAAAUAAUCCAACUCAAAAUUGUUUAGCAAUAUAUGAUGAUGGUUGGCAAAUUAUUUUCUUUACUUCAUUUUUUCACUCUUUUCUGCCUCUUCACAGUUACUUUUGCUUCCACUAAGGAAGCAACUGCCCUCCUAAAAUGGAAAGCAACUCUCCAAAACCAGAGCAAUUCCUUAUUGGUUUCAUGGACACCAAGUUCUAAAGCAUGCAAGAGCUGGUAUGGAGUUGUAUGCUUUAAUGGCAGGGUAAGCAAGUUGGAUAUUCCAUAUGCUGGUGUCAUUGGGACGCUCAACAAUUUUCCAUUUUCAUCUCUCCCUUUUCUUGAAUAUAUUGAUCUUAGUAUGAACCAGCUCUUUGGCUCCAUCCCACCUGAAAUUGGUAAACUCACUAAUCUUGUUUAUCUUGACUUGUCGUUCAAUCAGAUUUCAGGCACAAUCCCACCACAAAUAGGCUCACUUGCUAAGCUUCAGACCCUCCACAUAUUGGACAACCAUUUAAAUGGUUCCAUUCCAGGAGAAAUAGGUCACCUAAGGUCUCUUACAGAGUUAGAUUUGAGUAUUAAUACUCUAAAUGGUUCUAUUCCUCCUUCAUUAGGGAAUUUGCAUAACUUGUCCCUUUUGUGUCUUUACAAAAAUAACAUUUCUGGCUUCAUUCCUGAAGAAAUAGGUUAUCUAUCGUCUCUUAUUCAACUAGAUUUGAAUACUAACUUUCUUAAUGGUUCUAUUCCUGCUUCAUUGGAAAAUUUGCACAACUUGUCCCUAUUGUAUCUUUAUGAAAAUCAACUUUCUGGCUCCAUUCCUGAUGAAAUAGGUCAGCUAAGGACUCUUACUGAUAUAAGAUUGAAUACUAACUUUCUUACUGGUUCAAUUCCUGCUUCAUUGGGGAAUUUGACCAGCUUGUCAAUUUUGCAGCUUGAACACAAUCAACUUUCUGGCUCUAUUCCUGAAGAAAUAGGUUACCUAAGGACUCUUGCUGUGCUAUCUUUGUAUACUAACUUUCUUAAUGGUUCUAUUCCUAUUUCAUUGGGGAAUUUGACGAGCUUGUCCAGUUUGUCUCUUUAUGAAAAUCAUCUUUCUGGCCCAAUUCCUUCUUCGUUAGGGAAUUUGGACAACUUGGUGUAUUUGUAUCUUUAUGCUAACCAACUUUCUGGUCCCAUUCCUAGUGAAUUAGGGAAUUUGAAAAACCUUAAUUAUAUGAAAUUGCAUGAUAAUCAACUCAAUGGUUCGAUUCCUGCUUCCUUUGGCAACUUGAGAAACAUGCAAUAUCUCUUUCUCGAAAGCAACAAUCUCACUGGGGAAAUUCCUUUAUCUAUCUGCAAUUUGAUGUCAUUGAAAGUGUUGUCCUUGGGGAGAAACAGCUUGAAGGGUGACAUUCUGCAAUGUCUAAUUAAUAUCAGUCGCCUCCAGGUUCUGAAAAUACCAGAUAAUAAUCUCAGUGAAGAGAUCCCUUCGUCUAUUUGCAAUCUAACAUCACUACGAAUUCUAGAUUUGAGUAGAAACAAUCUGAAAGGAUCAAUUCCACAAUGUUUUGGCGAUAUGGGUGGUCAUCUUGAGGUUUUGGAUAUCCAUAAGAACGGUAUUUCUGGGACUCUUCCAACAACUUUUAGGAUCGGAAGUGUACUCAGAAGCUUCACCUUGCAUGAGAAUGAACUAGAGGGGAAAAUUCCCCGAUCUUUGGCCAAUUGCAAAGAGUUGCAAGUUCUUGAUUUAGGAGAUAAUCUCCUUAACGACACAUUCCCAAUGUGGUUGGGAACUCUACCAAAGCUACAAGUAUUAAGGUUGAAAUCGAAUAAAUUGUAUGGAUCUAUUAGAACAUCAAAGGAUGAAAACAUGUUUCUUGAGCUUAGAAUUAUAAAUCUCUCAUACAAUGCCUUCACAGGAAACAUACCAACAAGUUUGUUUCAACAAUUGAAAGCCAUGAGGAAAAUUGAUCAAACAGUUAAGGAACCAACAUAUCUUGGUAAAUUUGGAGCAGAUAUCAGAGAAUACAAUUAUUCUGUAACAGUUACAACCAAGGGACUGGAGCUUAAACUGGUUCGAAUUUUGACAGUUUAUAUCAUUAUUGAUCUUUCAAGUAAUAGAUUUGAAGGGCAUGUUCCAAGUAUUAUGGGAGAACUCAUUGCACUUCGGGUGCUGAAUUUGUCUCGUAAUGGAUUGCAAGGUCAUAUACCACCAUCACUUGGAAAUCUAUUUGUAAUCGAAUCAUUGGACCUUUCGUUUAAUCAGCUUUCGGGAGAGAUACCACAACAAAUUGCUUCUCAGCUGACAUCUCUUGCAGUUUUAAAUCUCUCCUACAAUCAUCUCCAAGGAUGUAUUCCUCAAGGACCUCAAUUUCAUACCUUUGAAAAUAACUCGUAUGAAGGUAAUGAUGGAUUACGUGGAUUUCCGAUUUCGAAAGGUUGUGGCAAUGAUAGGGUAUCAGAGACAAAUAAUACUGUAUCUACGCUAGAUGAUCAAGAAAGCACUUCGGAAUUUCUCAAUGAUUUUUGGAAAGCUGCUCUAAUGGGAUAUGGAAGUGGACUAUGUAUUGGAUUAUCCAUAUUAUAUUUCAUGAUUUCAACUGGAAAGCUGAAAUGGCUUUCAAGAAUCACUGAAUGGCUUCAAAAUCGCUUCAUAAUUUGAUAUCAGAACUUCAGAUGUCAUAUAAGAGGAUGUUGGUGUGCUGGAUUAGGUUAUUCCCAAGUUUGCUUUUAAACUUUUAUUUUCUGGCAUGUCUCUAAUUUGCGUUUACAUAUUUGUUUUUUUUUUCUUUGGGGAGCAAAAGAAAGAAAAAAAAGGUCUGUAGUUCAUGAAAACAUUAAAAGAUGACUUGAUUGAUCCUUAGCAUUAUAGAGUGACGUACAUUUCCCUAGAAAAUCUAAUAGAGAGUAUAUUAGAGAUAAUCUACUAGAAAAUUACUGAGAUUACUCAGAUUAUAGAGAGGAAGUGGUGAAAUUCCUUUGGCUAAUAUAUCCAUAAUUAGAGGUGUUCAUGGUUCGAUU